GGGCGGCAAACGCUUCGCCUUCGCAGAGCUGUAUCCACCGUCGACAGGACGACGUACCACCGCUGAGCCACGCAGAACCGCUUCUCACACAGCUCCGAUCACUUGCCAUCCCGGCUCCUACCAGCGCAAAGAUGCAGUCCAGAGUAACGAUCCUGUGCACGCUGUUGGCGCUCGUUGCCGUCUCGAGCCUCCUAGUGGACGCAAUACCGCAUAGUUACUGGGAUCAGCAAGACGACAUAGACCGGGACGAGUUUCUAGAGAUACUCUCUCGUCUCAGUCGCACCGUAAUGAGCCAUCCUGAAAUGGAAAACACCAAGCGAGGAUUGGAUUUGGGUCUAAGUCGCGGCUUCAGCGGUUCUCAAUCGGCGAAACACAUGAUGGGGCUCGCAGCAGCGAACUACGCCGGCGGUCCCGGACGGAGGCGUCGCUCGGAACAGGCGUAGAUGGCAGAUUCAAACGCCGAUGCAAAGAAAUUAUUACCCGUAAUAUCACUUUCGACUUGAUCCUCCUACCACUCUGUCUCUACCUCGAGCUUGAAGCUGAUGUGUGAAAAUUUGCCGUUGCCAGUGGUGUGACUAGGCGAGCGUCCGCGCGCUCCAGAGAUAUUCGACCAUUAAUUCCACUUAGACUUACAGUGCGAGGGGGAGUGUAUAUUGUAGUGUACAUCUUUGUCUCCUCGAGUCGUAAAUAAUGAGCGAGCUUGUCGCGCGAGCUCAAAAAUUACGGUUCCAAUAAAUCGUUUGGGUGUUACUCGCGUCUCGAGCGUCGCGCGCGCGCGCGCGAUCGAGUUUUAGCUAUAUAAUCUAUUCUUCAUCUCUCCCCUGUAGUUCUUCGCACUCGAAGCCCUUCGCGCGUCCCUACUACCGUGACUAGUUGCACCACUGAUCGUUCGUGUCCGCUGAAUUGCGUGCGCUGCUGAAUUGCACAUUUUGUUCCAAGUGUCAAUUUCUUUUCGAUGACGCUACUUGGAGAGAAGAGACCAAUGCGGGAUCUCGCGUGUAGGCGCUUCUGCCUCAAAUUCAUUUCAUAUGGAGAUGUAUACGUGUUUCUUUAAUUGUAGUAUAGCCAUGAAUCGGAUUAUUAAAAAGACAGUUCGUUUUAAUUGCGCACAAAUCCAGUCGGAGAGAGCACGGUUGUAUUAAUUAAUAAACGACACGACAUGAAAAAUGUCACGGAUUUAUUUAGAUCGAGCCCAGCUGCGACUCAUUCACACCCACACAUACACACACACACGCGCGCGCGCGCGCGCGCACGCGCAUAACUGUAUGUCAAAAUCAAUGUUUCGCAAUGAUUUUAUGGAUUAACAUAGCUCGGAUUAACAUAAUCGGCUUUCGCGCGAUUGAAACUCCUCGUCCGCCGUCCCGCCGGCCGGCGAGGAAGAAAUCGAAAGCACGGAACGAGGAAACGUCUCCAAGUAUUUAUCAUUGUUGCGCAGUGUACCGCUGAAAUUGAUUUCCCAUCUGGAGUACGUUGCGCGCGCGAGUCGUGCGCGCGGAUUAACAACUUUAUCCAUCCCAUGAGAUAAAUGAAGAGGAUACGGCGUUUCGCUGAUCCGACAGGCUCCUGCGAGUCGCAAGCCUCCGCGAAUCGAUGACGCACCGUUUCCGGACUCGAUUUAUUCUAGUCAUUACGAUCUGCAAUUGAAAUCGUACCAUUUUCGCCCCACGUUCCUCCGAGCGCCGCACCGAACGGUAGAGAGUUUUUUUUCUCCCCCUAACCCUUUACGCGGGGAAUAAUCUUUCUUACGAGCGACAAAACAUCCGCUUCGUUAUACUUUCAUAUCUCGACGUAUUGUACGAUUACGCUCGCGCUCGUUCUCAAUCUUGUCCGCUCCCACCCCUCCCCCUCUCCUCCUUAUUUUUUCUGACUUUCCUAGUGAGUCUUGUAAAAAGAAAAAAAAAGAGAAUCGUCGUAUCUAAUAUAUGAUAAUUAUAUAAUCGGUGUUGUUCGCGCUCAUUAGGGCAGAAGUGCUUAAACCUCAUCGUCUCGUCGACGAGGACGAUACGCGAAUUUCUCUCUCUCGUCUCGUCGGCGAGAAAGAUCGCGAUUUCGCGCGUCGGGAAUUAGAAUCGCGCGAGUAAUAUCGUAUUUAUCGUAAUUUCCAACGGCCCCUCUUUUACGUCCACUUAUUUUACUUGAAGAACCGAGAGAACUCCUCUCACACGAGGCGCGUCGCUUGAGACUAGUUUGAACGAUUCUACCACUUUAAAUCACUUCAUGUCCAUUGACUUAUGUAUUGCCUGUAACACACGCUACGUGCACCGGCUGCACCGUGCUCGUAUAGAGGAAGAAAAAUAUCGUACAAAACGUGCGACCUAGAGAUAGUGAGACCUCUCGUCCCUUUUCGUGUUACUUUCUCGUUAGACUUAGAUAAGUAGACACCAGGGAUGCGCAACGUCCUGCCUUCGUCCCGCUUCGAAAUUAAAGCGAACAGCGGAGUGGUGCGCGUCAUAUUGGUUGCUUCUUUUUUCUUUCUAUUCCUUUUUUUUAAUAGUACCAACCACGUUAUAUUAAACAUUCACGCGCCACUGAAUCACGGUGAUAUUGUAGGACAAACGAUAGCUCACAAAAAUAACACGUACAUUGUUUUAUAGCUUUUUCCAUUUAACGCGAUCAAUUAGUUGAAAUAACUUUUGCGGUUCCCCGAAUGAACCUACGGCUGCAUCGACAUUGGAUGUCGAUGUGGAACAGAUUCUAUGCACAGCGAGGGCUGAUUUAUUUUCAUUUCUAGCCAAGUGCGACCCACUUCAAUAUCUCAGUUGCGCAUUCCUGCCAACAGGUGGUAACCAAAACGCACAGUGAGUGUUGGUAAUGCGUUUCUGAAUACGUUCGGGAAGAAAUAACACGCGAUACAACCCGAAGGGCUCGGAGCAACAGCACGUUAAAUCGAAUAAAUCCCGCUAGAUUCUAUUACGUCGAAAGAUUAUGAGGGUACCUGCAAGUUUCUAUAUAUAUUCCAUAUAUUGUGUUAGAAAUAACAGAGUGUGAUGUCUACGAAAUGCAGAUGAUGCGAUUAUGACCAAAUUUACGAAAUUUACGAAGCGCCAAGAUUUAGCUCGCUUAUUCUCCUAUUUAAGACGCGCUUACGUUCGUCCCGAAACGAAUACACACUGUGUUGUGCGGCCUAUGAAAUAAUAUAUUAGCUGAUAAAUAAUUCAACAGAUGCAGAAAAGAGAGCGAAGUGGCAUACCGUUUCUCGCUUGAUAUACGAGUUAACAGCGAUCUCUUCGAAUCCUCAUACGAUAACUAUAUCGUCCGACGCGGACGCGAAAGCGAGAAUUUUAUUCCCUCGUAAAAUUAUUCGAUAUUAUAGAAAUGUGUGUACGAAUGUGCCCAUGGACGAAGCGAUCCGCCCGAUCGCGAUCGCGAAGUCCCGGUUUGGUUAUCACCGAUCCCAGAGCGAAGCGCGUGAAGUCGAGACCUGUCGUUUCUGUGUGUAUUAUAAAGAGAUUUAUUGCCUCUAGUGGAAACUGAUCGUAAAUAAAAGUUACCUACUUUAACCCA